GAGAUCAUUCACCAGGGAAUAAGUCAGGGGUGGAGGGACAAAAAAGGCAUAAAAAAAGCCUCAAAAAGUUCACGUGCAACCCAUCUGAUCUAACCACAUAUGAAUGCAGCAGUGCUAAGAGUUUAGCAGGCAGUUUUCUCUCUCUUUUCUUUCCCCGAAAGAUGAAAAAAAAAAAGCAGCUUCCUACGUGCUAAGCUGUCUAAGGAAGCAUUUCCUGGCUCUGUAGCGGACUAGGCAGGAGCAGAGGGACAACUUGUUGCUUUUCAGUGAAAGUUGCUGUGCCCUUCAAUCUUUCCCGGAGACGUUUCCACACAUGCUGGUGAAGGAACGCUCUGCAGAAAUGGCUUUUAAUAAAAGCUCUGCUGAAUACAAAGAUGCGUUCACCAAUAUGAGCACAACCCAAGCCACGGAGGGAGUCAUUGUUGACAACUCAGAUGAUGGAUUCUUUAAGGUCAUAAUUGGUGCUGUAAUUGCUGCAGUGGUCCUGGUCUUGAUCUGCUUGUUGGUGGUCAUCCUCCGCUACAUGUACCGGUAUAAGGGCACCUACCACACCAACGAGGCCAAGGGUACCGAGUUUGCCGAGACGGCCGAUGUGGCCCUCCGGAAUGACCCAGCAUUGCAGGACUCCAUGGAUGAGACCAAGAAGGAAUACUUCAUAUGAUACAGCACCAGCCCCACCCCCACCCCCUCCACCCCACAAAAGGCCCUUCCAUUUAAAACAUGAAUUUUAAUCCAACUAGGUGCAUCCAGUUAGUCACGGCAGAUGGGAGAAUACACAAAAUGAUUUUUAUGCUGUCCUGGUGCCGUUUCUGCCAUCACCUGGCUGGGAUCACCUAUACAUGCCCGGGUCCCUGCAGCAUUACAUGCUGACCUUCAGACUAUAUUUCGUGUAACGGCCAGGUGCUGGGAAAAGGCCAUCAGGCAGGUUUUAUUUUUUAUUUUUUAUUUUUUUGUGAAGGGAAUUGAACAACGCCAGCAGGUGCCGAAUCAGUUAACCCAAACGAAAAGAGAGGAAUGCAUGCAUUUGACAUGAAUCAGCCAUACGGGUGUGAAGAGCAUUGCACCGAAGCCAAAGCAUGAAAUGACUGUCAAAUAGCACCGCGGGACGCAAGAGCAUGAAGGAAAGCUAAAGAGAAGAAGUCACUGCACACUAGCAGUGCGUCAGAAAGAACUUGAUGUCUUUCAUAUGCAAAUAAGAUAAAACCUUGAAGUCUUUUUUUUUGUUGUUUAUUGCUUACAGGACAUUGAGUGUUGUCUCACCAUGUAUGAAACCAAAAAUAAGAGUUUAUAAGUAAGUGAACCUUGAUAGCAUUUGGGUUUAUUUGUAUCUAUACACCAGCACACUGGAUUUGAAAUGAAACAAUAAUGAUGAGGUUAAGCAAAAGACGUUUGGGCUUAAUUACCUUCAUUAUUACAUAUAUAAGUUGUAAUUAAAACCAAGGGUCUUUUUCAUACAAACCACUGUUAAUACAAACCAUGUGGUGUUCAGAUGUUCAGAUGUCUACUGAUCGAUGAUCAGUAGACAAGUGUGAACACACCACUGGAAAGUCUUGAUAGUGGAGGCAUCCACUAUGAAGUGGGGAGGGAGGGGCAGGGCUUAUGCUAUGCUUAAAAACACUUUACAAAUGUCACUUACAAAUUUUUCGAGCUUUUUAAGCUUAUUUUGUGAAUGUUAGCACAGCAGGCAGUGCAAACUGACUGAGCUGUUUUUACGUUACAGAAGUGUGUAAUAAAACUUUGGGCCCACCAGCAGCCUCUGGCCAUGUAAGGAGUUAAAGCUACAUUAUGUAAGUUGUCUACGUUUUGGAGGCCUCUCUGGUGUAAAAGUGUAAUUGCACACAAUGUGCAGAAGAACAUUUAGUAUCAUGGGUUGUGCUUUGGACCCCUUCCAUGAGUGGAUGAUUCUGAUGAUUGAAAGAGAAUUCAAAGCAAACUCAGUCAAAACAUGGUGAAAGACAUGUUUUCCCGAGGAUGUGAGUGAAUUAUCUACUAUUGUCUUGGUUCUUAACAAUGUAAAAGCAGUUCAUUUUGACAUAUCUAAUAUUUGGUCGCUGUUUCUCAGCCUCAUGAUGGUCUUGUUUAGAGAUAACAGCAGCAGAUUUACACGCCACAUUUACAAUAACCACUAGACCUUUUGUUAACUCUACUGUGCAUAAACUGAUGAUGCAACCAUGCCCAACAGACCAUGAAACAACUGAGCAGCCAGCUUAAUUCCUUAAACAGUCAUUGUUUCAUUUCAAAUAUAAUUCAAUGUGCUUGAAUACAGUGUCAUAAAAGUGUAAACAAUUUGUCUUACUUACUUAUUAAUUUCUUAUAGAUUGCAGUAGACAGUAUAUUAAAGGCAUAAAACUGGAGAUUAUUCAACAUAUACAGUAUUCAGUAAUGGUAAUCGCACUGACAAUCAAAACAGCCAAAGCCAAAAUAUUGCCAAAGGAGCUUUCAUGUUUAUUUCAGGUAUGCUAUUCUUCUUCACUAGAUAAGCUUCAAAUAACUACUAAAGAACUACAAGAAACCAUUAGUCACUCUAUCAAGACUGCUUUAUUACCUUGUCGUCUGUUUUAAGAUUUGAAAGUACUUUUGUCCUUGUGCCCUUAAUCAAUGGAAAUACCCCGUGUGGCGUUCUGAUCGAUGAUGUACCUGAGAUAGAAUGAAACAAUCAGUAGACAAGUGUGAAAACUGUGAUCAAGGCUCCCAACCAACGACACACAAUUGAUGUACCUGUGCUGUGUCCAUGUUGUGAUGUUGGACAAGUUUUGCAGAAUGAUGCCAAAAUUCUACUUAAUAAUUAAUUGAGAAAAACUUGAAAUACAUACAUUUAGUGUGUUUAGUGGAUUUAGGUUUUUUUAUUUUCCUGCCAUAUAAUCAAACUAACAUGAGAAUGGUGUCAAAUACAUCAUUGUUUGCAACCUGUCUAUUUUCAAAUAGCUAUAAUAACAUGUGCAGCUGGGUAUAGUAUUUUUAAACAAAGUGGUCCAACAUGGUUAAUGUAUAUAACAUAUUGACAAAAAAUGGAGUUGUCUUUUAGGCCUCAGGAGAAGGCCCAACGAUUUCUGUAAACUAAAAACUACUCAGCAAGUAUUGUAAUUCCACUCUUAUUUCACAUUAUAGCCUUUCUGCAGCAUUCGAGGGCUUCUGGCAUGCUGGUAGUGCUUUUUCAGUGUAUCUAAGCGUAUAGAACAACGGUUUCAAAAUUGGACAUGCUUGUUCACAAAAGUUAAUUAUUUGUCAGAAAAAUGUGAUUUUAAUGAAGUUCUAUGACAUAUCAAGUGUGUUUUAAGUCAGGAAUGUUUGUUUAAAAUCAUUGUAAUGUAUUCACGCCACGAGAACGCUGUAUUGCAUUUCUAGCCUUUCUGCAGCAUUUGAGGGCUUCUGGCGUGCUGUAAGCACCUUUUCAGUGUAUCUGAGCGCAUAGAACAACGGUUUCAAAAUUGGACAUGUUUGUUCACCAAAGUUAAUUAUUUGUCAUAAAAUGUGAUUUUAAUGCAGUUCUAUGAUACAUCAAGUGGUUUUAUGUCAGAAAUGUUUGUUUAAAAUCAUCGUAAUGUAUUCACUUCACGAGAAUACUGCAUUGCAUUUCUAGCCUUUCUUACACAUUAGGCUUACUUACACAUUAGAUUAACUACCAGCAUAAUUAGAAAGUGACAUAGGAACUAACCACGCUUUGAUUUCCAGUUGGACCAAUUUUGAGAGAAAACCAUCAAUCCAGACCUUCUGGAAGUUCUAGAUUUGUUAUUAACAACAAGGUUGAGCUGUAGUUUAAGCAGCUCUAACUGAAACAUACAAACUCAAAUAUCUGUUAUUAUCUGUUACAGGCUUCAAAUAACACACAUGGAAUGUUUUUUACAAGCUUCAAUGUACAUGUUUAAUCUAAAAGUGCUACAAAAUGUUCAUGUGCAUUUGCAUUAGUGUUCUGUAGUCUAUCCAUCCUUGCAACAAUAACAGUAAUAAUCAGUUUAACACUACACUGUCCAUAGUAUAUAGUCACUCAGGUUUCAUACUUUUUUUAAUUCUCAAGUGUUGCUCUGAUUGAGUAAAUGAGCAUGAAUAUAUCUGCAUAAUGGUAUUUACAUUAAGAAGCAUUUGACACAUUUUGUACCUUUUUUUUUACUGAAUGUAGGUGAUUUUGAUAUACUGAAGACCAUUAGCUGCCUGAUCUUCCAUAUUGUCUAACAGCCACAAACAUUGUGUUUUACAGUUUAGAUCUUUUAAACAUUCAUGUAGUAAUUUUCAUUUUAUUUUUUUCAACAUUUUAUGUUUAUCUUUGACAUGGAUGUCCACCCAUUGAUGUCAUAAGGGGGUUACAACCUGUUAAGGCUCCUGAUUUUUGACAUCAGUGACAUCAAAACGACCAUAAUGCUUUCCUUUAACGGAGUUCCUAACCACUGCUGCAUGCACAGUGAACAUAUACAACUAUAUUUUCUCAUCAUAUUGUGUGAUCAAGCUUAAUGUAUCAUGGUAAAACUUGUAGUUUCUCAAUAAAGGUUUCAGAAUAUUAGAAUACGACGGAGAAGCGGCUUAGAAAAUGGAUGGAUGGAUGGAAUAUUAGAAUAUGUUUGUGAAACGGUACCAGAUCACUUUUAACAGUUGAACACUUUGCUAAAUAAAGGUCAACAUGUGUUCAUAACAUGCUAAAUUUAGGUAAUUUCCACCCUGUCACGCAAGGUCAACACACUGUAAACAGUUACUGUAAUUUUACGGUGUACUUUAACCUGAUGUCUUAAAUUACAGUGUUAUUGUAUUUUGCUAUGAAUUCUGGGAGCUGAUGUCCAUUCUUAACAGCUCAUUGUAGAAUUUACAGUAUGUUCCUGUAAAAACUACACCAGAACUACCAGAAAUCUCUACAAAGCAAAUGGAAAUACUGCAAAAAUUGCAGUAACGACAUUUUUUUACAUUUUGUUUAAAAUUUUUAAUUGAAUUGAACGUAAUGUUCUCAUAGACUUCAUCUAUCACAAGUGUUUCCUUCUGUUUCCUGAAGUCAGGACCUGUCAGCCUGUCCACCCUGUCAUUUUCAUGUUUUAGCAAAAUAAACAAGUUAUUCUUAAAAGAAA